GUCGGUCCCUCCACGUUUCCAACGCGGGAACUUCGCCACGUAUGUCAUAAGACGUUACACUCUCCGUUCCCCACCUUCCUCUCCAAAACUCAACUUCCCCAACUCCAACGACAACGCCAACCGCCGAUUUAGCUUCUCUGUAUAAUCAUUUUAUUUCAAGCCCUUUCAUGCUCAAAUCAUCCCUAAUGAAUCAGUAACAAACAAAACACCAACACAAAAUUUAAUCAAUGGCUUCCUAUUCCCACAGAACUCCUCUCUACCCGGAGGUGGCGAUCCAAUCAAACCCUAACCCUUAUUCCUCCUCCUCCUCCUCCAAUCUUUACCCCUCAUUCGAUAUGCGAGACCUCGCCGGUAACCUCUUCCCGGAACCCACAGUCGACCACCAAACUUCUUCCACGGCUCCGCCGAAGGCCAUCGAAGAGGUCCUCAUCAAGAUCCCCGGCGCCAUUCUCAACCUCAUCGACAAGCACUACAGCGUCGAGCUCGCUUGCGGCGAUCUCACCGUCGUCCGUCUCCGCCAGGACGAUGACGUCGUCGCCGUCCUCGCCUGUGUCGCCGACGAGAUCCAAUGGCCUCUGGUGAAAGACGAAGCUGCCGUCAAGCUUGACCAUUCGCAUUACUUCUUCACCCUCCCCGCCUCGAAGCAACACGCCUCCGAUUCCGACGACGACGAUGAUAAAGACUCUGAUAACAUGUUGAAUUACGGAUUGACGAUCGCGUCCAAGGGGCAGGAAAAGCUUCUGAAAGACCUGGAUUCGAUUUUGCAGAAUUACAGUAGCUUCUCGGAGCAGAGAGUUUCGGACAACGCGAAGAAGAAGGGGGAGGCGCUGGACGGUUCGAUGGCGAUGGAGACUUCACCGGCGGAUUUGAAGUCUGUGAAGAAGAAAGAGCGGAUGGAGAAGCAGUGCGCCGCGUAUUGGACUACGCUGGCGCCCAAUGUGGAGGAUUACAGUAGCACUACUGCGAAGAUGAUCGCGGCGGGUUCGGGAAAACUGAUCCAGGGGAUCUUGUGGUGCGGGGAUGUCACGAUAGAGAGCUUGAGGUUGGGGAAUAAUGUUAUGAAGAAAAGGUUGAGUCCGGGUUCCAAUUCCGAGAUCAGUCCCCAAACCUUGAAGCGGAUUAAAAGGGCUAAGAGGGUGACCAAAAUGACAGAGAAAGUUGCAACUGGGGUCCUCUCUGGGGUUGUCAAAGUCUCUGGAUUUAUAACAGGCUCAGUGGCAAAUUCAAAAGUGGGGAAGAAGUUUUUUGGCUACCUACCAGGGGAGAUUGUGCUUGCUUCCCUAGAUGGAUUUAGCAAAGUCUGUGACGCUGUUGAAGUUGCUGGAAGAAAUGUCAUGUCAAAAUCAUCCUCUGUGACUACUGAACUUGUCUCCCACAGGUAUGGGGAACAAGCAGGUCAUGCAACAAGUGAAGGGCUUGAUGCUGCUGGCCAUGCUAUAGGCACUGGAUGGGCUGCUUUUAAGAUCCGAAAGGCAUUCAACCCUAAAAGUGUUCUGAAACCUACCACCCUCGCCAAGACUGCUGCUAAAGCUGCAGCUGCUGAUAGGAAGGCUAAGAUUUCCAAGUAAUUGCUGAUGGAAUUUGUUGAUAGUGUAGUAGAUGUCUGGCCAUUUAAUAUAGUAUUUUCUCCCAUUUUUACUUAAGUUAGAUGAAACAUUUAAGUUGUUAUUGUUGUUGUUGUAGAUAUGCCUAGUGUGUAUUUGAUUCGUUUGUUCUAAAAACAACAAAGCUUUGGUUUUGUGUCACAAUACAAACUCGGUCAAGUAUGGUCAACAAGAAUGUAUACAGAUCUAAAAUGUAAUCAUGGUAUUGUCCUUCCAAUAUUUAUGCUUUAUAUUAGUAUAUUGUAUUACUCUU